AAUGAGCAUCCAGUUCCGUUCUCACAUACGGGGUGUGUGUGUGUUGUUCGAGGGAGUUCGAAACACUAUUUUGUGAUUUUAUUCCAGCCGAAGAGAGCUAUUUUAGCAUCAUGUCAGAGACAGAUGAACUGGCUGCUAAACUGAACCGUCGACAGGCGUUGAAUGAAGACGAAGAGAUGCCUAGACGCCAGAUGAAGGUUUUCAACCCUUACACCGAGUUCAAAGAAUUUACUAGGAAGCAGAUUAAAGAUUUCGAGAAGAUGUUUAAGACGUAUGAUGUAAACAAUGAUCACUAUUUAGAUGUUAUGGAAAUGAAGUUGUUGAUGGAAAAGUUAGGUGCUCCUCAGACACACGUGGGACUAAAGAACAUGAUCACAGAAAUUGAUGAAGACAAUGAUGGUAAAGUUUCCUUUCGAGAGUUCCUGUUGAUCUUCCGUAAAGCUGCUGCUGGUGAACUUGAAGAAGGAUCUGGCCUCAGUGAACUAGCUAGACUUGCUGAGAUUGAUGUGGAUGAAGUAGGGGUGGGUGGGGCAGCAAAGUUCUUUGAGGCUAAGGUCAAGGAGCAAGCUUCUUCAAACAAGUUUGAAGCUGAAAUUAAACAGGAGCAGGAAGAAAGAAAAAAGCAAGCACAAGAGGCCAAAGUCAGGAAGGAGGCUUUCAUGGCCAGGAAGGCGGCAUUUGGAGUCAGUUAAGGAUGACAAUAGUUUUGAAAUUUUGUGGUAGGACAGUUUUGUAAUAUUUUACUUUCAUUUUGUUUCUCUACAGUGGAAAUUCAGUAAACUAAAAAGCAAUGAAAAUGACCUUGUUCUGCAAAGUAUGCUUGUCCAGUUUCUAAUUUUUAUUGAAUCAGUUGAUGACGAGAUGCUAUAUGUUUAGCCACACUGUGGUUUUUACUUGAAAUUUGUAUUUGUGUUUUGCAUCUUUGCAUUCACUGCUCAUUGUGUGUACUCAGGUCUUAGGUUUGUGACAGGUAUAAGAAAACUGCUCUAAACUAGAUUUUAAUUGAAGGGAAUCACAUUAUUUCCUUCCAGGCAAUUAUUAGUUAAGAGUAGAUUGAAUUAGUAAGUUAAAAGUUGCAGAUUUGAUAGAGUGUAUCGUUUUCAAAUUGGACUUUGAAAGAUGAGGUCACAGUUGUUUUACUUUUGCAGCCCCUCUCGGCAGCUCAUAGAGUACAACCUACUCCAAGCUGUUAAGAGAGGUUGCUCACAGGUUAGAAGUUUUAAACCCAACAAUUUCAUUUGUCAUUGCCGUUGAUAUUAAUAAAGAUGGAAAUGUGUCAAUGACAUCUCACAGAUGUAAGCUUUCCAACCCACUGAGGUGAACUUCUUUUUCCUGUAAGUUCCAUCAAGAUGAUAAACCAACAGAAAAAAUUGCAACCAAUGAUUGAGCGGAGUCCACAUGUUAUUGAAAGGCAUAUUAAGUCGAGACUGUAUGAUUAUUUUUAAAAAUAAUAUUUAAAUGUUUACACACUGGUCAGUGAAAAUGCACAUUGCAUGGUCACUGUUACACAGAUGAUUAAACUCAUAAUAUUAUUGAAAUCUAAAGAUUUUUAAAAAUAUCCUCUUUUGUAGAAGAGGUGAAGAUUUCAGACUUAACCAACUUGAAUUUUAAUUGAGGUAAAUCGAGCAUUUAUUGAUGCAGAACUGUAUUUUUUUACCAUCCACACCUAACAUUUUUUUUUGUGAUAGUUAAUUUUGUGGACCUCGCAUUUUGCGGUGAUGAUGGAAUCUUGUUGUUGUGUUGCUGGGCCUGGAAAGGAAUACCAGUUUGACCUGUUUUGAUACUCCAUCCAACUAGUUAAACUCGUUUCUGAGUUUUGUUUUAAAUUUUGGAGUGGGUUGUCUCUAACUUUUCAUAUUGCUAGUAAACUUACAAUUACUUAAACAAAUACCACCAGCGGGGGAACUUCCAUAUGAAAAAGUUGGGGAAUGCUUUUUGUCACACCUAAAGGUAUAAAUCUUUGAGUCUGGUCUCACUUAGGGUGUUUAUGACAAAACACUGCUAUUUUUAGAAGUCAAAGUAUCUUUUAGGGUACACUUGAAAAAAUAAUAAAGAAGGCUCUUCCAUUUUUUGGGCUGGAUUUCUGCCACUCUCUCAAGCCUUUCUACUUGCACAGGCUUCUUUCCUGAAUAGAGGCUGGUAAUCGAGCAUAUUCUGUUUAAGUGGUAUCCUUCAGGGGUCAAACAAAGCUCAAGCCACACCCAUAUUGGACUCUUUGAGGGGUUUAAUUCAAAUUUUACAGCGAGCAUCGCUGACAUUUUCAUAUGGGAGUAUCCCCCUGGGAGAAUACCUUAGGUGCGUGCAACUUGUUACUUUUAUACUUUAUAUUCUACUAUACUGACAUUCUAGUUAGUAAAAGCGUGAUCUAGUAAUGCAAUUGAAAUUUUUCUCAAAAGAAUCUGGUGUGAGUUCAAGUGUGAUUGAUAGUUUUGAAUAAUAAAAAAUAUUUUAUCUCAAAA